UACGAUUUUGCUUCAUUUUUAUUUUAUUCGUUAUUUUUAAGCCUAUAAACAAAUUCACACAUUGCAUCCGCUAGCGAGAAUGCCACCCUCAGAUCUAAUCAACGUCCGCAAUUUCAGAGACAAGUUUGCCGGAUUCGUGCGCAGUCAAAAGGACCGCGGUGUCUUCAGCGCUCAGUCGGAAUGGUCACCCGAGAUUCAAAGCGAAGUCGCCAGCAGAUGCCAAAUUGCAGACGACCUGAGCUUUUCCAACACUGCAUUUGUCAACCCAACUCUCUUCCACAUGCUUCGGCAGCACCGCGAGUUUAACGAAGCCACCGAGCGCGAGCUGCUCCAGAAGAAGCGCCACGUGGCAGCUGAGCUCGAGAGAAAGCGCCAUACGAGAAACUGGAGCACACCAUCAGCCACGAGCCAGCAGCAGCGGCAGAGGGAACACGGUUUGGAAGGCAUGCCUGAUUUCAACACCGCUGCCGCUGCAGAGGAGGCAAACGAUGGCAACCAGCUUGCUGAAAGCAGCAUGCUGCUGGCAGUUGAUAUUGGCGGGUGUGAGGCCGAAUUGGGAGCGCAGACCAUGGAUAUCGAUAGCACAACUCACAUUCCAGAGAGUGUGGAUGCACACGAGCAGGCUAGCUUUGAAAUGAAUGAGGACACUGCCAGCAAUCCCACAAAAUGCAAUGAGGCCAACGGCAGCAUUUCAGUCAGCACCGACGAUGAAGUCAUCAACACUGACGGAGAAGACGACAAUAACGACGAUAAUGGCAGUGACGAUGGAAGUAGCAGUGCAAGCGACGUGUCUGAAAUAGAGGCAUCCUCGGACGACGAGGCCCUGGCCUAUGGCGCGCCCCGCAAUGUCAGCGCACAGCCAAUAAUGACGCCUUUGAUAAGGAGCUUCGAAGAUGUUACCCUUCUGGCGCCGCAAUCCGAGCUUCCGGAGGGCAUCACGCAGGAGAUGCUGAAGAGGGCCAUUGCCAAUAGUGGCUUUGCGCGUAGCACUGACAUUGAGGCAGAGCCAAAGCAACCUCCCAAACAGCGCGUGCGCAUUGAGGAGCCGGCGGGCGUGUCGGAGCUCGAGAACAAGUUCCGCAGCGUUAAAAAGUCGCUCGAUGAGUCUACACUGGCGUCGCUGCGGAAGGCCAACCGGCGCAUGGUUCCCCCGAAGUACCGGCUCGAGGUUAACUUUAUGACAAACCGUGUACAAUCCGGGGUCGCCCCCGAUGCGACGCCUGUUGCUGACGACGAGGUUAUUCUUAGCGUGUGCUUCUAUAACACGCGCUCGUCGUCCUCCAAAAUGGAGGAGUAUCUAGUGCUUGGCUCGCAGAGUCUCACUGUGCUUCGCGACGCGUUUUAUUGUAUAUCGGAUUUCCUAGUUUCCCACCGUGACGAGGCCAUAGAGAACACAAAGGAUAAGAAAGUAAGCUCGAGCUACUUCUUCAUUGAAAACACUUUUUACAACGAUAUGCGCUCGCCCACGGCUACAGACUACAGCCGUGUCAUAAUGGAGUGGGCGAACGAUCCCGAGCGCCAGGAAAAGAAUCCCAAGCUGAGCGGCCUACAGUCGCGCCUUAUGGACGGCGCUCGAUUCCUGGACCUGUCGAUUCGCCUCAAGCAGCCGUACACGUUUGUCCACCAGGGCGAUUGCGAGCACGUCAUGAUCUUCACGGACCUGCGCCUGUUGGGUCCAAAGGACGAUCAGUUCGUCGAAAACUAUCCGAAGCAGAUUUUCCGCACGCGCCACAUGAGACACAAGUGCCGCAUGUGCUCGGCAUACCCGGCGCAGUAUGUCACCAAGAACGACUUCCAUAGCGGCAUGAGUCCUUGCUACUUUUGCGAAAAGUGCUACACGCCAUUCCACUUUGACAACGAGGGCAACAAGCUGCUGGAGCACGACGUCUUCCCUUAUGCUAAUGUCAAUCUGAUGUGAGGCGCCCUUCCGCGGUUCUUGGCGGGUAUUUAGCGUACAGACUUCAAUAUCAAUGAAUUAUUAUUUUUAUUUCAAAAGCAAUCCACAUAUAUAUAUAUAUUGUCUUUGUAGUUGUG